AUGACAAAGGUUCCAUCAAGGAAAUAAACUUGUCUUCAGAUUCUUCUGGUGACAGCCCAGUGGAAUCUUCCUCUGAUAUGUCUGAUUCCUCCUCGUCCUCAUCAGAGGAGGACAAGAUAAAAAAGAGAAAGAAGAAGGGAAAAGGGAAAAAAUAUAGGAAGAAGUCAAAGAAAAUCAAACCAAAGACACGGCAGAGAGCCCAAACUCCAGACCAGGUGGUGGACCGGUACAAAAGAAUUCUUAGAAAGUUCAGUAAAGGAGGGACCAUGUCUGCUGCUUUCAAGCAUGUUGGAGUAGACAGGAACACGGUGGUGGUCAAUGCUCCAAUCGCAGAGCUGUUCAUUGCUGCGCCUGGCAAGUACAAGGAAAUCCUUAAAAACCACAAUAAUGUGAAGAAACUCAGCGUGUUUGCCACACAGUGUGCCACUGCUAUUCAGGAGGACCAAGGAAUAGAGGACACAAUCACAGCCUAUAAGGCUUCUGGAAAGCUUCUGCCCCUAAAAAAAAAGUGAGCUCUGAUGCUGGGGUAGGAGAUCUAUUCUAAAGUUGUUUUAGUUACAUUUUGACAUUGAAAGAUUUUAUAUUAUUAUUUUAUGAAGAUUUUA